GAUACUAGACUGGUGAAUAGGAAGAAGGUCCCAUCUCUCUCUGGCCUGUUUGUGGAAGCUGGGAUGAUGAAGGCACUGCAGUGGGAACGUGCUGUGGUACAGGGUUGAAGCUCCAGCCCAUGUCUGGUAGUUAUAGAGCAAUUGGAAGGGUUACGUGCAGAGUUCUGGUAAAGAUGGAAGAAUCUCAUUUCAACUCCUCCCCGUACUUCUGGCCAGCAGUGCCCACCGUCUCGGGACAGAUUGAGAACACCAUGUUUAUUAACAAGAUGAAGGAGCAGCUAUUGCCCACAGAGAAGGGCUGCAGCCUGGCUCCCCCCCACUACCCUGCCUUGCUGACAGUACCCACUUCUGUGGCUCUACCCACUGGUAUCUCCAUGGACUCAGACACCAAGCCAGAGCAGCUGACACCACACAGCCAAGCCCCUGUGACUCAGAACAUCACUGUGGUACCAGUGCAGUCUGCUGGGCUCAUGACAGCAGGUCCUGGUCUGGUGAUAACUUCCCCAUCAGGUUCCCUGGUGACCACAGCCUCCUCUGCCCAAACCUUUCCCAUCUCAGCUCCCAUGAUUGUCUCUGCGCUACCCCCUGGCUCCCAGGCAGCCCUCCAGGUGGUUCCUGACCUGUCCAAGAAAGGGACAACCACCCUCUCCGAAGGUGGUGGGGGUGGUGGGGGUGGGGGAGUUGCCCCCAAACCACCCCGGGGCCGGAAGAAGAAACGAUUGCAGGAGUCGGGGCUGCCAGAGAUGAGUGACCCCUUUGUGCUGUCAAAUGAGGAUGAUGAGGACCAGCACAAGGAUGGCAAGACAUACAGGUGCCGGAUGUGUUCGCUGACCUUCUACUCCAAGUCGGAGAUGCAGAUCCACUCCAAGUCCCACACGGAGACAAAGCCACACAAGUGUCCUCACUGCUCCAAGAGCUUCGCCAACAGCUCCUACCUGGCCCAGCACAUUCGCAUCCACUCAGGGGCCAAGCCCUACACGUGCAGCUACUGCCAGAAGGCCUUCCGCCAGCUCUCCCACCUGCAGCAGCACACACGGAUCCACUCCAAGCUCCACACGGCGAUUGUCAAGCCGCACAAGUGUCCUCACUGCUCCAAGAGCUUCGCCAACACAUCCUACCUGGCCCAGCACCUCCGCAUCCACUCGGGGGCCAAGCCCUACACCUGCCGCUACUGCCAGAAGGCCUUCCGCCAGCUCUCCCACCUGCAGCAGCACACACGUAUCCACACCGGGGACCGACCCUACAAAUGCGCUCACCCUGGGUGUGAAAAGGCUUUCACCCAGCUUUCCAACCUGCAGUCCCACAGACGGCAGCACAACAAAGACAAACCUUUCAAGUGCCACAACUGCCACCGUGCAUACACGGAUGCUGCCUCUUUGGAGGUACACCUGGCUACACACACGGUGAAACACGCCAAGGUCUACACCUGCUCCAUCUGCAGCCGGGCCUACACCUCGGAGACGUACCUGAUGAAGCACAUGCGGAAACACAACAUCCCUGACCCACAGCAGCAGGUGGUUCAGGCGCAAGCCCAGGCCUCUCAGCAGCAGCAGCACUUCCAGCCGCAGGGCGGGGGGGCAGCAGGGGGCCCUUCUGGAGACACUAACCAACCCAACCCUCCCCCCCAGUGCUCCUUUGACCUGACUCCUUACAAGACUUCAGAGCAUCACAAGGACAUCUGCCUCACUGUCAGCACCAGCGCCAUCCAAGUGGAGCACCUCUCCAGCUCCUAGAGAGACCUCAACCCAGGGAGCAGAAAGCCUCUUGUGCAUAGCCUGCGCCCAGGGGCACCGCUUGUGCAGCGGCCCUCCUCGUGCAACAGUCUCCAGCCUCUCCUCCUGCAACAGCCUCUUCUGGCUGUGUAACCCUGUUCAUGGCAGCCCCUCGAACAACAGCCUGUCUCAAGGGGGUGCUCCUUCUGUGCAACAGCCUGCCUGGUAGGAGGAUGCUUCCUUGUGCAAGAGCCCCUUUCCUGUGCUGGGAUCACUUCUUCAUGCAAGAGCCCCUCCUUUCAAACCCAAAGAAAGGCCCCCGUUUUGCCUUCUCUCUCACUGUAGGAUGCAUAUGAAGGGGGGUUGCGUGUUGAGACAUGCGUGGUGGAUGGGAUGGAGAGACGGUCCUUGUACGUACAGGGGCUCGGACACAUGUUUUCAGCAGGCCACAGAAGAAUGUGGCAGGGUUCACAGCUGGAUGGGGUUCUUUGAGGAUUUCCUUGAGUGUCUGAGAGAAAUAUCCAUUCCUGUCCCUCCUGCUUGUGAAAGGGAGGAGGGGUCACUCGUCCCGCCCCAAGGACUGGAUGGGAGAAACCUUCUCCCCAGUGGAAGGUGAGACCAGUGUGGGGGGAGAGGGUGAGGCAUGUUCUCUGGGCCAGACAGGUGCCUGCACUGCCCGAGGGCUGUGGAGUAUUGCACUCUUUCUCCUCCCCUGGUGGAGAGCAAUAGAGAGGAUUCUGUCUGAACUGGCUGCUGCCUCUCUCUCCUAGCUGUCUGAGCAGCACGAUGGCCAAGGCCCCGUAGGAAUGUGGGUUCCUGCUCAUUGCUCUUCCUGCCCGUUGUGGAUGAUGUUCUAGCAGCUUGUACUCCUCCUCCUCUCCCUCCUGCUUCCCCCCCACCUCCUCAGAAAAGCCUGCAGGCAUCAACAACAAACCAAAAAGCAACUGGAGGGAGGGUAAGAGACUGCCAAAAUAAUCAUUGCCCUUUUCUCUACUCCCUUUCCUGAAAGGCGGAACGACAGCAGUUCUGACUCUCACACGCCUGUCCUGCCCCCAGUUUCCCAGAGGGGAGGAGGAGGAGGAAUAGACCAGUCUUUUCAAGGAGCCAGCAGGAGGCAGGGAAAGGCUAGCUUCUCCUGCUCACCUCCCAUCAGAGUGCUCUCCCAGGCUCCCUCUUGCCAAGACGGGCUGGACUCACAUGGCAGUGGUGGCCUCUUCUGGACCCUGGUCAUGGGAGAGAAUCCCCAAAAGGUGGACAGUGGAGAGAAGGGGAUGAAGAUCCCCACAGAGAGACCAAUCUAAUGAGAAGGGGGAGCCAACAAGAAUAAACUGAAGGCCCCUUGAAUUUAUAUAUAUAUAUAUAUAUAAAUAUCUAUUCCCCACCCCUGGCCCGCUCUGUCCUUGCUGUAACUGUUUCUAUCUCUGUGUUUAUAAAACGCAUUAUCCUGGCGAAUUUUUAUUUUCAAUCUUCGUUUGUUUUUCCCUUUCUCUUCGUCUUCAAUUCUCCUUCCCUUUUUUUUUUUUAUUGGUCCACAUGACUACUAGUCUUGUGUGUCACUUGUUAGUUUCUUUGGAUCAUGGAGGCUGACUCGGAAGAGAAUGAGAAGGCAAGGGAAAAAGCAUGUGUUGUUGGGAUUUAAAAUCAAUCACCCACCCAAAGCCUAUAGAAUCCUAGACUUCUGUAUGAACAACCAAUAGGGGCUUUUUUUUUUUUUAACCACCUUGUAUAGAAAUAAAUUGGUGUAAAAGGCUCCUUGAAGGUGCUGCUGUGAGCACCCUGCCCCUGUGACGUGUGUUCCUUCCCCCUGUACCAGACCACUGCACGAGCAUCUUGCUGCUGUGAGUCCCGAGCGGCUGUGCGGGUGGACGCGAGGGUAGCACAUCCCUGCCUUUGGGCAGCCUUGUGGUUUGCACGAGGAAAGCGAGGAGCUCUGCCCUCUGUGCUUUGCACCUCUGGAGCCUGUGGCAGAAACCUUUUUCUCUGCAUUUAGUCACCAGGAUUGGCUGCGAACGGUUGGAGUGUUUUGUAGAUCCAUAGGUUAGGCUAGAAGAAGCUGUCUGAUUUGACUCCUGCAUUUCAUAGGUGACAUUUCAACCCAUUUAUCCUGUAUUGAGCCCCAGGAACUAAUGUGUAUUUGGAGUGUGUGUUGACAAAAUGCAUUGGCUUGGUUUUGAGGCAUUGGGACACACAGAAUCCCUUCCAUUGGUAGCCUGCUGCAAGGGCUUCAUGUUCUCGCUGUUUAAAUAUUUAAGCCCGAUUUCUCCUUUGGAUCUGUUUGGCUUUGGCUUCCAGUUACUAGUUCUGGAUACAUCCAUCCCACUGAUUCAGAGACCCUUAGAGCACAGUGGGGCUUUUUCCCCUGGACUGGUAUUUAAACACUGUAAUAUCCCUUCUCAGUCCACUUUUUGACAAAUAGGUGGAACUCCUUAAACCUUCCACUGUAAGGGAUUUCCUCCAGUCCAUGAAUUAUUCUUGUCUUUUCUUUCUACAUCUUGUCAAAUUUUUCAGUAUCUUGUAAAAAUGUUCCUUUUGGAAUUGAGUGUUCAAGCCCUGGUGCCAUGGACAAGGUCCCCCUGCCCUUUGCCUUAAGUCUGCAGAGGAUUGCGUUUGCCCUUUUCUCGCAGCAUUAUAUGGGAGCUCACAUUAGCUGCUUGUCUGGUGUGACCCCUAGAUCAUCCGAA